GGGUGGAUGAUCCAGUCAGCCGAUUCACUCCGACCUCCACUUUCAGAUCAAGCUCACAACCGAGUGAGGCUUUAAAAUCUUAUACUCACAUUGCGAACAUGAUUCUUCCUGCCGACUCUCUGCUGAAGUAUGAUAACCCGGUGUUGGUUAGCAAGAAUACAGACAAAAAAUCACCAAAGGCUCGGCCUCUGAAAGUGAGUCCGCAGCCGCCGGCCGUGUCCGGCCCAGUGCCACCUCCACCGAAACCAAAGUCACCCUCAGCUGAGGCCCUUAAACAGCAGACUGAGGAGAUACUUAAUGCCAUUCUCCCACCGAGGGAAUGGAUGGAGAACAACCAGCGCUGGGUGCAGCAGGUGUCCAGCACCCCCUGCACACGAAUGGACGUUGUUCACCUGCAGGAGCAACUGGACCUAAAACUGCAGCAGAGACAGGCCAGAGAAACGAGCAUCUGCCCUAUCCGCAGAGAGCUUUACUCUCAAUGCUUUGAUGAGUUAAUUAGGCAGGUCACAAUCAACUGUGCUGAAAGGGGGCUGCUGCUUUUACGAGUGCGAGAUGAGAUUCGUAUGACUAUCGCUGCCUAUCAGACCCUGUAUCAGAGCAGUGUGGCCUUUGGAAUAAGGAAAGCUCUGCAGGCUGAACAAGGGAAGUCAGACAUGGAGCAGAGGAUUUCAGACUUGGAGAACGAGAAGAGGGAUCUAGAACGGCAGGUAAAUGAACAGAAGGCUAAAUGUGAGGCAAUUGAGAGACGAGAAACUGAACGACGACAGGUUGAGGAGAAAAAGCACACAGAAGAGAUCCAGUUCCUCAAACGCACCAACCAGCAACUGAAGGCCCAGCUGGAAGGAAUCAUUGCCCCCAAAAAAUAACUGCUUCAGACUACUUACAAAUGAUAAAAUCUGUUUUCUGCUGGCUUUCAAAAUAAAAUAUAUAUAUAUAAAAAAAAAAAGUCAACUU